AUGUCAGAAGCUCCUGCUCGAAGAGUAUUUUUCGGCAGCACUCAGGAGAGAAAACUUCUCCCCCUCUUUUAUCCGCCAGACCGGCUGGGAAAUCAAGUGUUACGACCGGAAGCGCCACUUAUCGGCCCUGGCCGCUAUGACAACCAUGAGUUUGGCACCAUCCUCUAUGACUUACAGAAAACUCCAGGGAGCACAAGAGGAUAUGCUCUCUCUGCAAGGACUGCAGCACGCUUUCAACCCUGUAGUAAGACAGUGACUCCUUCCCCUGAUAAGUACCAGCCAGAUCAAAGUAAAUCCAGAGUACCUCCUCCUGGCAAAACACCUUUCAGUUCAUCUGCACCAAGGUUCGACAGCAGGACACCUUCAGCUGGAGAUGGUCCAGGCCCUGGGAUGUACACUCAAGAAACCUCCACAAACAGGAAGGUGGUAUGGCCGAUGUGCUUUGGGAGCCCAGACUGGUCCAAGCUGCCUCAGCUGGAGAAAAAGUCACUCCGGGUGAAGCUCGACAGUGAAAAGGAGUUCUUGAAGCACAGAGGCAGAGUGGCAUACCUCAGUUUGUAUUAUUGA